AUGUCACAACCACCGCCACUGCCGCCGCCGCCACCGCCUCCACCGCCAAGACCGCCACCGCCACCACCGCCACCGCCACCGCCGCCCGCGCCAGACGGCUCCCGGCCUCGCAAGAAGUGGGCUGUCGUGGAGGCGCCGACCGGAGGGCAGAGCACGGCCUUUGUCUACGAAGAUUGGGCCGACCUUGGCCGUUCUGACAUCGCGGCACCGCUGCCGUGGGCGCUGGCGUCUCGAUGCGUACACAUCGCGGGCGGCAUCGGAUCAAACGGCGGCGUGCUCGCUGUCCAGCUGGGAGAGGGCGACGCGGCAUCCGCCGUCUGCGUCAAGCAGUUUGACGCCAAGAAGGUGAGGCCGGACAUGGAGAUGCUCGCCGCUCACCUCUUGCGCGCGGCGCGGGUCCGCGCGCCGUUGGCGCGGUACGCCACGCAGGCCGAGAUCGACGACGAGAUUGCGCCGGCCGUCGGAAAAGCCUACUUCGAGGGCGGCGGGUCGUGGGCGUGUCCGCGGCUCUGCAUGCAGGCCAUGUUCGAGCAGCCUGCCAUUGUCGCCAAGCUGGGCCUCCCAGACAAGCUGGUGGACGAGUGGCGCGACAAAUGGCAGGCCGAGCGCGCGCAAAAGCGCGUCGCGAUCGAGGCGGGCGAGGAGCGCGCGGAGGCGAUCGCUGUGAUUGAGUUUGUGCGAGGGCCGACCCUGCUGCAGGGCGGAGGGGGGGCGCUCGGCGAGGCGGAGUACGAGGCGCUGGGGCGGCUGGCCGCAUUCGACGUGCUGCUCAACAACUUUGACCGCCUGCCGGUGCUGUUUGACAAUGAGGGCAACCUCGCCAACGUUGGCGAGAGCGUUGGCGAGCGCGUCGCCGGAGCACGCGCCGCCGCGCGCCUCGGCGAUGGAGCGUACGCGGUCCGCCUCGGCGUGCAGCUCCUGCGCGGCGAGGGCGGCGCGGCAGACCGGCUCCCCGCCGACGAUGUGCACAAUGUCGAGCAGGUUUUCGAGCGUCAUCCGGUAGCCCAGCGCGGGACCUAUCAAGCCCGCCAGCCACGCCGCGGGAUCGGAGGGCCUGGCGUCGGCCGGCCGCUGCGCGAGAGCACGCAGGGCAGACGCCACCGCCUCCAGAUCGCAGCGCGAGCCCGCGAGGCAGUCGGCCGCCUUGAAAGCGGCUGCAUCCUCGGGUUUAGCGGCGUCGGAAGAGCGGAUGCCAAAUGA